GCAAGCAGACGAGCGUGUUGAAGAGGAAAGGAGAUGACGAUGGAGGGCUGGAUAGAGAGCGGGUGGCGGUGCCCUCUGUAGGCGGCAGUAAUAUUCCGCCUUGUCGCUCGUCCAGGGCGGCUGUUGCGCCCAAUCCUUCUCCACUCGCUGUUGAACAUUGAUUUGCGACUGGGGAUUUAGGCCACACCGUUGCAAUGAAGGGAAUUGCGUUGAGAAAUCAGAGGGCUUCGAAGUCUGAAGCGCUUAUUUGCCAAUUAUGCCAAUUAUCUGGGUCGCCAGCCGUCCGUUCUCGCCCUCAGCCCACCCGAUCGUAUGCGUCGGCAACCAAGGCCACCCGCCGGCCUCAAAUCGGACAAUGUCUCACAAAGAAGGGCUUGGGGACUCCCUCGAGACCACUGCUGCCGCUACGAAGGCAUGUCUCGACCGAGACUGGGUCGAUGAAUUUACCCGACCUCAGUACAGCUCUGCGUGAGGUCCAAGCCGGUUCUGCAGAACUUCGAAACUCGCAAACCGUUCCCUCAAACAGCGGAGUUGUAGAACUCCUACAGAAAUGCCUCGAUAUUGCAGAAACAAUUGUGCAGCCGAACCGAUCCUCUACGAAUACAGACAGCGAAAUUACAUCGCUACUCCACCUAGAAGAAAAGAAUGGCAAGAAGGGAUCCCAACCAACACGCAACGCGCAGAUAUCCCACCCGGCAGCAGACACACUCUGCCGCAUUGUUCACGAACUCCUAACAGAUGAGAAAGUCUUCAUAUCUCCAGAAGCAUUGAACUCCUACGUCAAGAUCCAUACGCUGCUCAAGCGACCGCAGCACCUUCCGGAGAUCUUCCACCUCUACGCCAACAAACCAAUCCCCGAGGAGAACAGCUCACCCAUCAAAUACCUCCCACCCAACCCGAAAAAUAUCAACAGUGCUAUCCCAGCCGACCUCGCCAACAUGGCCAUCGACGUCGCAAUUGAGCAGCGAGACCUCGGUCUCGUACUCGCAAUAAUCGAUAAUUCUUUCUGCACCCCCGCAUUCCACCGAGCAAAGUUUUUCAAACGGGCUGCUGCUCCCCUCGGCGUUCUCGCAACGACGCCUCUCGGCUGUUACGUCGCGGCAUCAUGGGCCGCCAGUUUCCAGAACACAAUGGAGCCGAGCACGGCUACGGCCAUUGCGUUUGCUGCCACUCUUGCUUACGUCGGCGGGACUUCAUCCGUUGGGGUCUUAGCUAUUGUUACAGCGAACGACCAUAUGGAGCGUGUUGUUUGGAUGCCGGGUAUUCCUUUACGACAGCGUUGGCUGCGGGAAGAAGAGCGAGCGGCUUUGGAUAAGGUUUCGAUUGCCUGGGGUUUUAAGGAUGUUUAUAUGCGGGGAGAGGAAGAGGGCGAGGAAUGGGAUACUCUACGGGAGUUUAUCGGAAUGAGGGGGAUGAUUCUCGAUAAGACGGACUUGAUGGAGGGCAUGCAAUAAAUCUAUCCUGUCUGUGUACCACUAUACAUGUUCAUAAUACUAGUUGCAAAGGUCGAAUUAGAGUGUAAUAUACCUACCACAAUACUUUGAGGAUACGUUUUUACGAAGAAACAAAUAUUAGGAGCAACCAGCGAGUUACAUUUCAGCUAGCUAAAGCAUACAUAAUCCCAC